UUUUAACAAUUAUCGUACAAAAUGGUUGUGUCGACAAUGUGGAUCAGAAAUAAUAUGCUGUUUUCCCCUGAACAAUGUGGAAGACAACUUACGGAUGCGGAAUUGAAAGUCCAACGUUCUCUCCAGAAACUUUCUGUUCCGGAUUGGUACUUGAACAGACGUUCGAAUUCGCCAAAAAUAGUGAACGAUUCUCCGAUAGAAAUUCGUCCACCGUCCUGGAGAUGUCCUACACCGAAAAAAUCUACCAAUAAUUCUUCUUAUUUAUCAGGUAUAUAUGUAACCUCAGAAACUCCCAAGAAUAAAAACAAAUCAACGAACAACAAUGCAUCGCGUCAAGAAAAAUCUCCAGAAUUGAAACAUGAAAAAUCUUCAUGUACAAAAGAAGAAAUAUUUGACACCUGGAUUCCGGAAGUGCACCUACCAACGAAUGUUAGUAAGACGUUUCCAAAGGUUUCACCAUCGAGGAAAAUCAAGAAUAUAAAUUUGGUUUUGCCUCCUGGACCGAAUUUGGAGGACGAAAUAAUUUCAAGUAAUUGCGAUAUUUUUCGUUCACAAGUGCAGUCUUCUUCAAAGGACAGCACAUCUCAUCAGAAGAAAAGCAACGUUAAGGAAAUUGUUCCAACGUCUGUUAAGACUCCGAUCGUGAACGGAGGUUACAGAUUCCGAACCAAUUCUUCUCCCAAAUUCUCUCCGGCACAAAUAUUCUCGUCCACUGUCAUCGAGGAUGAUAACCCGAAACCGAAGAAGAAGGUCUCUCCAAAUAUUCGAGAAAAGUCGUCUAUUUUCGAAAGCAGGAAUCCUUCAGAAUCUUCUAUUGAAAUUUGUCAAACUUCUAAAGAUUUUUCUCAGAAUCCUCUAGAGAAAACGUUCAUCCUCGACGGUUCAAGAGCAGAUCAAUCUUCCAGAAAUUACGAAAGUUCAUCGAUGGGCAUCGCCAAAGAUAGCUGCAUAUUCGAGAAAAACAUAUACUCGAUUGAACCCAUUGUCUUCGAGAAAGACGACACGGCACUAUCUAUGUCAAAGUCCUCCUCCAUGGUUCGUGAGAUGGUGAAGAAACUAGAGAUGUCUAACAACUCCUUUGAGACGCCUCAUAAAAUAUCAACAUUGACCUGGAAGAAACAAACAUCUAAGAAGUCCAACUAUGAACUAAAACUGCCAAGCAUGUUCUACCAGAAGAGGUUCGAUCUGGCCCCUAAAAGUCCGAUUCAUCUUCUUCGAGAAGAGAAGCCGAGCACAAACACCCAAUCACCGUGCACCAGAUUCCUCAACUCCGUCAGGAAAUCCACGGACCUGGAGAACGUGGUGAGGAGUAAACAAACGACCAAAGAGAAGGGUGUCGUUCGAGGCAUCAUCGAGACCCUGGCCGAGAAGGUGAACCAGUCGACCUUACCCCGGCAGAAGCAAGCGACCAAAGUUAACCAAAACUUUGUGAGGAAGGUGGUAACCGCCUUAGAAAACGUAGACAGAUCAAGAACCGGAACAGCGUCCCACAACAGAAGGAUCUCCUUAAACGAGGACACAGGAAGCGGCAGUGAAUCAGAGUUCAAGUCUUAUACGACGUCAAAUUCUGCCAAAGAUACUGACAGCGACUCUGAUCAAAGGACACCCAGUCUGAAGAGCGACGACGAUGGCAAAUUCACUUUUGCUGGUCUAGCAACAACGAACGUUUAUCAGGAGGACGAUUCCGUCUACUGGAUACCAGUAUCCAAGUGCAAGCUUCCAAGGACCAGCUCUUUGUUGAGCAUGAUGUCCAAGUUGUCUGAAAAUGGACAUUCCCCUUGUCUCAGCCCCAUAAGAGCGGACAGCGAGUUGGAGUACCAACACCAGCCAAUGUGGGACCUUGUCUACACAAGAACCAAAUUAUCCAGGAAGUUGUUCAGGAUCGACGAAACUGUGGUAAUUGAUUCUGGCUACUCUGACAAGUCGGAUAGGUCUGGAAUUAGUUCCAGAUACUGUAUGGAGGAUAGUAGUGUUGGACCUUAGUGUUGGAUUUUUUAGCAUUAGUAUCAGGAGUCUCUGAUCUCCUGUUUCUUAACCGUAUUCUCGCAGAAUGUCUUACGUUAGGAUUAGUUCUCUCACUUAUUGAAUUUGUAAUUUAAUUUAACAAUCUUGUACAACUGCAACAGAGUAUCAUUAUUGUAGGGAAGUAGAAUGACUAGCUUUUUCAUGUUUGAGGAAAGAAAUAAUCAAUUUUGAAUGAUCAAUGCAAGUUAGGAAACUGAUAGCAUAAAUCAGUAGUUCCUUUUGUUUAAUUAAGUUUUGGAGGUAUAAGGA